UACAGGGAAAAACAAUAUUAAAUGAUACAUUCUGAUCAAAUCUCGUGAUUAAUCAUUGAAUCUUUUACCAUUACUAGACUCAAGGAAAACUGUAGUUUUAAGCAUUUUAUGAUACAAUGUUGAUCAAUGAAAUUCCCGAUGAUUGUUUACUUGCCAUUUUUGAUUAUUUAAACAACCUUGGCGAUUUAAUAAACUGCUAUAAAGUGUGCGUUAAAUGGAGCUAUUUAAUUGUUAAGCGAACUAAAAAAGUUAAAUAUUUAACAUAUCAGCGUAGUGAUUCAUCUGAUGUUGUUUAUUAUCGAGGAUUAUGUUCGAUUGAUUCAACCUGCCUGCCUAAAUUAUUUACAAAUUUAAUAAUCGCUGAUUUGUCUUCUAAAUUAAACCUCAAAGACGAAGAUUACUUGCUUCCAGAUGCUAUUGAAUUUGUUAGAAAACAAGCAUCUUUGAAAGGAUUAAUCAAUCCCUUUCGCCAACCAAUAGAAAAAUACCGGUAUUGUGAUCAACUUGAAAUGCUAUCCGUCAUAAAUUUCAAUCCAAACAAUUUACGAAAUUGUUCCAGCAUAAAGCAAUUAAAUGUUCGGAAUUAUACUCUAGAGGCUUUGACAAGAGAUGCACAUUAUUUGCCAAACCUUGAAAAUCUAAAGAUUAAAAUUAUUGUUCCAGACAAUCACUACGAUGGUCCAGUAUUGGAAAAGCUCAAAAUACUUGAGCUCUAUUCCAUUAAAUUACAGCGUAAAAGAUUUUUUUAUGGUUUCCAGUUGAUGGAUUCAUGUCCAAAUUUGCAAAGUGCACACAUUACCAUGAAUAGUCAUAGUUGGUUUUUUGACGAAACAUUGAAACACAAUUCUUUACAAGAUUUAGUUAUAAAAUUUGUAAGUAUUGCUCAGAUUUGA